UUAGUACUUCGGAAGUUCGGAUAAGACCUAUUCAGUCAAGCUAUACAGAAGUAGAAAUAGAUACACAUCAGCUUAUCUCUGAACGAUCAGCGCAUAUAAAUACAUACAUACCUAUCUACAUAAGUAAUCUAUUGAGAUAAAAACGAUUUACGUCCAGUAUUCUUAAUAAUCAACUCUAAUGCAAAGAACCUCAGAACCUCACAAAGAUGAUAAGAUGAUCGUACAAAUCAUGCUUCCUGUUAUUGGUUGAAUUACCUAUUUUCUUUUGAUUAUUAGAGGUAUUCGCGUGUUUUCGUUUCUAUUCGGAAAUUUUCGUGUUCAAUAAUGUAAUAAAUGCCUUAGGUACCUCUAGGGAGGUACUCGUAGGUUGUGCAGAUUUUGUACAGUUCCUUGUACAUCGUUGUGUAAUUAAUGGUCGGCUUACUUAUUCGUUUUAUAAAUUCAACACUUCCUCUUUCGCUGUAAAAUGGAAUCCAAAAUUAAGCACUGUAGUGAAAUUUCGGAAGAUCUUCCAACACAAAACGACAAGAGUUCUUCAAACUCGACGACUCCUUCGAUAUGGUUAUCGAAACGAUUUUUGGUAACAUGUCUGAUAUUUCUGGGUUUAGUCAAUAUGAGCAUGAUAAAAUUAAACGUGUGCAUUGCUGUCGUCGAAAUGACAUCCGAGAAACUGAUUAUCGAAGAAAACCGCACAAUAACCCAGCGAGCAGAAUUUGACUGGGAUACUUCCAAAGUAGGCCUUCUGCUGAACAUGUACGAAUAUGGAGGUAUGAUGUCUUUCGUACUCGCUUCAGUUCCAUCCAAGAUAGGAGGAUCCACAGCUUGCGGUACAUUCACAUUGCUGAUUGGCUUAUUAACGCUAUUGGCACCAAUCAGUGUUUAUCAAGAUUUCAAAUGGUUGUUGAUGAAUCGUUUUUUAAUCGGAGUCUGCGACAAUAUCGCUUAUGCCAGCAAAUCAGAAGUUUUUCAACGUUGGAUUCCAGUUACGGAGAGAUCUCGACUAAUGUCUCUUAGCUACAAUGGCUUAUUCAUUGGCACCACCAUUAUUCACUCAUCUGGUGGAAUUCUAGCUUACAAGUGGGGCUGGCCCAUGGUAUUUUAUGCCACAGGUAUCAGUUGCCUGGUCUGGUCUAUAAUCUGGCUAAUACUCAUUCCCAAUGAUCCCUCCAAAGAUAGACGGAUUUCAAAAAAAGAACUCGCCCAUAUUGUCAAUGGAACGGUGAAAAAAACAACCAAAGUUGUAAAUAUUCCUUACAAAAAUAUCUUCACGUCGAUACCUUUUUGGACGCUUUGCUUGUGCCGAAUGAUUCAAGGAUGGUCUCUGACCACGAUCCUGGCAUGCCUUCCACUCUUUGUCAAAGACGCAACUCAAACGAGUACCGAUUUAGUUGGAUAUAUUUCAUCGAUUCCCAGUAUCGUAUGUACUCUCAUGAUACCAUUAAUAGGGGCAGGGAUGGACAGCUGGAAGAAUAAUUCCAAAAUAAAAAUCACAAAGAUGCAUAAAAUAAUCGUAGGAUUCAUUUUAUUCUUCGGAGCCACUCUUCUAGGAUCUGCCAUGCUUCUGUCUAAUUUUAUCCUAACCAUAGCCUGUUUUGCCAUCAUUAGAACUUUAUUAUCGUUAAAUGCAUUAGUAUUGCUAAUGGUGGUAAUUUAUAUGGCACCCAAUCACGCAGGAACAAUCUCAGCUUUGUCAACUUUCUGGUACGCUUUGGGUAAUAUUUUAUCACAUCACGCCAUUGGAGAAAUGACCUCGAAUCAUAGCGUCGAAGAAUGGAACAGAGUAUUUACUCUGACAGCCAGUUUCAUGGCAUUGGGUGGACUUCUUUUUAUUUCAUUCGGAUCUAGCGAGCCUCAAUGGUAUACAUCUGCAGAUGAUAUUCCACCAGACAGCGAGAAAAAAGUUGCGGAAAAAUGAUCAAUGAGUGAAAUACCCAUCAUUGUUUGAUCUUAGUACAUAUUAUACUACUUUUUUAAAAAGGAAACAUUUUGUGCCAAUAUUUAUGUAAAAAAUUGUUUUGAAAUACAUGCACUUGAUAAGAA